UGCGCUUGGACGACGGCCGGGGAGGUGAGCGUUUGGCGCGCAUGCGCUUGGACGAUUGCCGGGGAGGCUAGCGUGGGGCGCGCAUGCGCUUGGAUGAUAUUGCCGGGGAGGCUAGCGUGGGGCGCGUAUGCGCUUGGAUGAUUGCCGGGGAGGAUUGCGUGGGGCGCGCAUGUACUUUGGCGACCGCCAGGGAGGCUAGCGUGGAGUGCGCAUGCGCUUGGAUGAUUGCCGAGGAGGCUAGUGUGGGGCGCGUAUGCGCUUGGAUGGUUGCCGGGGAGGCGAGCGUUUGGCGCGCAUGCGCUUGGAUGAUUGUCUGGGAGGCUAGUGUGGGGCGCGCAUGCGCCUGGACGGCGGCCGGGUAGGCGAGGGUGGGGCGCGCGUGCGCUUGGAUGGUUGCCGGGAAGGCUAGCGUGGGCGAUGCGCAUGCGCUUGGACGACGGCCGGGGAGACUAGCUUGGGGCGCGCAUGCGCUUGAGCGACGGCCGGGGAAGGUGGGGCGCGCAUGCGCCUGGAUGAUAGCCGGGGAAGCUGGCGCGGGGCGCGCAUGCGCUUGGACAACGGCAGGGGAGGCUAGCUUGGGGCGCGCAUGAGCUUGGACGACGGCCGGGAAGGCCAGCGUGGGGCGCGCAUACGCUUGGAUGAUUGCCGGGGAGGCGAGCUUGCGGUGCGCAUGCGCUUGGACGACGGCCGGGAAUGCCAGGGUGGGGCGCGCAUGCGCCUGGAUGAUUGCCGGGGAAACUGGCGCGGGGCGCGCAUGCGCUUGGACGACGGCUGGGGAGGCUAGCUUGGGGCGCGCAUGCGCUUGGACGACGGCCGGGGAGGCCAGGGUGGGGCGCGCAUGCGCUUAGAUGAUUGCCGGGGAAGCUGGCGUGGGGCGCGCAUGCGUUUGGAUGACGGCCGGGGAGGCUAGCUUGGGGUGCGCAUGCGCUUGGACGACGGCGGGGAAGGCUAGGGUGCGGCGCGCAUGCGCUCGGAUGAUUGCGGGGAAGCUGGCGCGGGCGCGCAUGCGCUUGGACGACGGCCGGGGAGGCUUGCUUGGGGUGCGCAUGCGCUUGGACCGGGUAGGCCAGGAUGGGGCGCGCAUGCGUUUGGAUGACGGCUAGGGAGGCUAGCUUGGGGCGCGCAUGCGUUUGGACGACGGCGGGGAAGCUAGGGUGCGGCGCGCAUGCGCUCGGAUGAUUGCGGGGAAGCUGGCGCGGGCGCGCAUGCGCUUGGACGACGGCCGGGUGGGCCAGCCUGGGGCGCGCAUGCGCUCGGAUGAUAUUAACGGGGAGGCUAGCGUUUGGUGCGCAUGCGCCAGGAUGACGGCCGGGGAGGCUAGCUGGGGGCGCGCAUGCGGUUGGACGACGGCCGGGUGGGCCCGCGUGGGGCGCGCAUGCGCUUGGACCGGGGAGGCCAGGAUGGGGCGCGCAUGCGUUUGGAUGACGCAUCCAAAGUACAGUGCUCUGCACAUAGUAAGCGCUCAAUAAAUACGAUUGAUUGAUUGAUUGAUGACGGCCAGGGAGGCUAGCUUGGGGCGCGCAUGCGCUUGGACGACGGCCGGGAAGGCUAGGGUGCGGCGCGCAUGCGCUCGGAUGAUUGCGGGGAAGCAGGCGCGGGCGCGCAUGCGCUUGGACGACGGCCGGGGAGGCUAGCAGGGGGCGCGCAUGCGCUUGGACGACGGCCGGGUGGGCCAGCGCGGGGCGCGCAUGCGCCCGGAUGCUGGCCGGCGGGGAGGCGCGCGUUUGGUGCGCACGCGCCCGGGCGACGGCCGGGGAGUCGAGCGCUGGGCCUCCCAGGCCGCCGUAGGGCUCCGGCGCGCGCAUGCGUGAUCUCCCGUGACGGGGAAGAUGGCGGCGUCGUGGCCCCGGCCGGAGAAACGUGGGGUGGACGGGGGGGAGCCGCCGCCCCCGCUGCAGGCCGUGCUGGUGGCCGACAGCUUCGACCGCCGCUUCUUCCCCAUCUCCAAGGACCGGGCACGGGUCCUCCUGCCCCUGGCCAACGUGGCCUUGAUCGAUUAUACCCUGGAGUUCCUCACGGCCACCGGCGUGCAGGAAACAUUUGUCUUUUGCUGCUGGAAGGCCUCUCAGAUCAAGGAGCACGUUCAGAAGUCCAAGUGGUGCCGCCCCACGUCCCCCAACGUGGUGCGGGUGGUCACGUCGGAGCUGUACCGUUCGCUGGGGGAUGUGCUGCGGGACGUCGACGCCAAGGCCCUGCUGCGCUCCGACUUCCUGCUGGUCUACGGGGAUGUCGUCUCCAACAUCAACGUGGCCCGGGCCCUGGAGGAGCACAGGAUGCGGCGGAGGCUGGAGAAGAACGUGUCCGUGAUGACGAUGAUCUUCAAGGAGUCGUCCCCCGGCCAUCACACCCGCUGCCCCGAGGACGACGUGGUAGUGGCCAUGGACAGUGCCACCAGUCGAGUCCUCCACUACCAGAAGACCCACGGCCUGCAGCGCUUCUGUUUCCCCUUGAGCCUAUUCCAGGGCAGCGGCGAUGGAGUGGAGAUCCGCCACGACCUGCUGGACUGUCACAUCAGCAUCUGCUCCCCGCAGGUGGCUGAACUCUUCACGGACAACUUUGAUUACCAAACCCGGGAUGACUUUGUGAGAGGCCUGUUGGUGAACGAAGAGGUCCUGGGGAACCAAAUCCACAUGCACGUGACCUCGGGGGAAUACGGGGCCCGCGUCUCCAACCUCCUGAUGUACGAGGCCGUCUGCGCCGACGUGGUUCGCCGCUGGGUCUACCCGCUGACCCCCGAGAUGAACUUCACGGACAGCCCCGGCCGCAGCUGCACCCACUCCCGACACAACAUCUACCGGGGGGCCGAGGUCAGCCUGGGCCACGGCAGCGUCCUGGUAGAGAACGUCCUCCUGGGCCCCGGGGCCCUCAUCGGCCGCAACUGCUCCAUCACCAACAGCGUCAUCGGGCCCGACUGUCGCAUCGGUGACAACGUGGUUCUGGACCAGGCUCAUCUUUGGCGAGGCGUACGGGUGGCCACGGGGGCCCAGAUCCACCAGUCUCUGCUGUGCGACUUCGCCAAGGUGAAGGAGCGAGUCACGCUGAGGCCCCGCUGCGUCCUCACUUCCCAGGUCGUGGUGGGCCCGGACCUGACCCUGCCCGAGGGCUCUGUGAUCUCCCUGCACCCUCCAGAUGCCGAGGAGGAUGAAGACGAGGACCAGUUCAGUGACGACUCUGGAGCCGACAAGGAGAAAGAGAAAGUGAAGCUGAAAGGUUACAAUCCCGCGGAAGUGGGGCCGGCGGGCCAAGGCUACCUGUGGAAAGCCGCCGAGGCGGGCGACGACGAAGAGGAGGAGCUGCGGCACAGCCUGUGGGGCCUCACGCUCAACCCGGAGGAGGAGAGCGAGACGGAGAGCGAGCAGAGCCUCGGCUCCGAGGAGCCGGACAGCCGGGGGGGCUCCCCGCAACUAGAUGACGUCAAAGUGUUUCAGAACGAGGUGCUGGGCACCCUGCAGAGGGGCGAAGAGGAGAACAUCUCCUGCGACAACCUGGUCCUGGAAAUCAACUCACUCAAAUACGCGUACAACAUCAGCCUGAAGGAAGUGAUGCAGGUGCUCAGCCGCGUGGUCCUGGAGUUCCCAUUGCAGCGGCUCGACUCGCAGCCGGACCCCAACCGCUACUGUGGUCUCCUGCUGCCCCUUUUAAAGGCCUGGAGCCCGGUGUUUAAGAAUUACAUCAAGCGUGCAGCCGACCAUCUGGAGGCCCUGGCCGCCAUCGAGGAUUUCUUCCUGGACCACGAACCGCUCGGCACCUCUCUGGCCAAGGUGCUGAUGACUUUCUACCAGCUGGAAAUCCUGGCCGAGGAGACCAUCCUGAGUUGGUUCUGCCAGAAGGACGCGACGGACAAGGGCCGACAGUUGCGCAAAAACCAGCGGCUCCAGAAGUUCAUCCAGUGGCUGAAGGAGGCCGAAGAGGAAUCAUCCGAGGAGGACCGGGACUGAAGCUCUCACGGGCCGGCCUGAUCGCCGACCCUUCCCCGGGGACCGGGAAAGGCCAAGGACCGCGAGCCUCCGAGCGACCACCACCAGGCUGGAAAUCCCGGAAGGAGAGAUGGGAGGAAUGGUGGGCCCCCUCCCAUCCUCGUGUUACAGACCCCCGUUCACUGGG